ACGUCAGCAUGCUCUCUUGGUUUAUCGUCGCGGUAUUUCGCAAUUGCGACGGGUUUCAGCCAAAAACCACGUUUAAAAAUUAAUGGGAAUUAACAAAUGGUCCUUCGAACGCAAUUAUUAUAUCCGGUAUACUCCAGACGAUUCUCGACAAAUCACACUCCCCUCUCGAGGUCUUCUUUUAAUGCGUCGAACUACUUCGGAGUUAUAGAAAAAAAAAUCAUCAUAACAAUGACUCGAACGCGUUGCGACAUUAUUUACCAAGAACAAUGCAUCUUGAUAAAUAACAUGUACAAUUACACAAUAUUAAAGAAAAUCUUUUAUUGUUACGUUUUAUUUAUUUAAUCAUAUUUAUAUAAAACCCUACGAAAAAACGAAAAUAGUUUUUUUGCACAACAAUUUUAGUUUAUGUAAGUAAAAUGAAGAAUAAUUCAAGUCAAUGUCCUUUAAGCGAACUCAACGGCAAUGGUUUUUAUUGUCUCCUCUUACAAAUAAGUGUCUCAAUUAGUUGUGUUGAUGGUAUUAAUUGAAACAAACAGAGGAGCAACGUUGCGAGUUGAUUUUCAAUAAAUUCCGAUUUGGUUAUAAUUUUCGUUUCCAACUAGUUAUUUAAAUGUUGGUCACUGGGGCACCGGCAUUCGAUGAUCCCGGGUACCCGUUCCGUCCGUCAAAUUCGCGGACAUUAGUAAGCCAGCUAAAUACGCGGACAUUGAACUUUUCGUUUACGGAUCUCCGCACUCACAAAUUCAUGUAAUUUUAUUCGGCUAACUGUUUCGUACGAAGACAUCACGACAAAACAAAACCAAAGUUUUUUCUUCGUUUCUUUCGAACGUUCCUUAGAUUAAACGCGUAUGGAAUAUCGUGUAUAAACUAUGUUUCCUUUGUUGGUUUUCGUGAUUAUAACAUCUUCUCGAGCUCAAAAUGGAUCUGAGUAUUUAGAGAACGCUAUUAAGAGUUUAAGGAAAACUACAACCACGCCGAAAAUCCCAACGUUGAUGAGUGAUGUUGAAAGAAAAGCGGAUGAAUCAAAAAAGGAUGUUUUACCCACGUUGAGUCUGGCUAAGAAUGAGUUGGCUGAUUAUUACGAAACGGCGGUAAAAAAAGGGAAUACUUUAAAAAUUGGGACCCCUACUGGUGAUUUGAAUGCGGCCGUUUAUGAGUUACCCGAGGAGGGCGCUUCAAAUCCCGAUGAUUUUCGACCAAACCUUGAUGACCCAUCUGGUUAUUACUACUAUUAUUACCCACUAAAAACGUUUGCUAGUCAUUUAAGCUCAAUCAAUCCCACCAAAGAAGAUAUUAAACAUAAAAAUCAUAUUCAUGAUGUUGCUACUGAAACUUAUUACAACGAUAUUGGGCAUUCGGACACUCUUCACCAAUUUCAUACUCACACACAUCAGCAUAACAUCCAUAUUAUUGAAAAACCCACGGAAAUGAAACCGAAAAAAAAAGGGCUCGAACCGCUAUUUAUGGCUAUAUCAGGGUUUAUUGGGAUGUCGGUGAUGUUUGUUUUAUCGAUGCUAAUUUUGCCCAAGUUUGGUCAUGUUAAACCAAAAAAGGGGGUGAAUCCGGAAGAUGGGGGGUUGGCCAAGGUGAUUUAUCAAGCUAUUGAAGGAUACGAUUGUUCCGAGAGGUUAUCUUGCGAGUUUGGAAAAACAACAAGGGCAUUUAAUGUUCAUAAUAACCGAUUUUUUAAAUUAUUAAGAAGAAUUGGUCCAAAAAUCUUAAGUAAACAACUAUAUAACAUAAAUAAAUAUUCAAAUAAGAAACAUAAAUGUGCUCAAAUACAAUGUAAGGCGCCGACGUUGAAUGCGACAUCGAGUUUGAAUCGUCCAAUAAAAGGAAAAUCGUAAUGUUUAAUAUAAAUGAUGUGUAGUAUGUUUAGUAAGUAGAAUAUUGGUGCUGUGAAAAAGAAAAAUAGUCAGGUAAUAAAAAAUAAAUAUCGCUGUUCCUUCGAUUUUUAUAUGUAAAGUUUUUAUUUUGUAAAAAAAAUAUUGUACACAAUCAAAUAAAGUCGUCAAAAAAAUAUACACAUAAAUAAAUACUUAACUUACAGUAAAAAACAUGUACAGUCUCCAUCAGAUCUUCGAUUUUUGUUUAUCGGCUGAUUCACCUACUACAGGAAAAUAUAUUUAUAUAUAUUUAUAUACACACGCACGCGAACUCGAGCACACGCCAGUAAACCGAUAGUGUAUGAGCUGAGU